AUGCUCGCCGGAACCUAUGAACAACCUGCCUCCAUGACCUUAUCAACAUUACAGAUCAACCAAGGUUCCAACUAUCCCAUCAUUAAGGAUAGUAGUACAUCGCCUCACAUCUAUGGCACAGAAUUCGGCCCGGUUCCAACGUCGGUGUCAAGCGGACAUCCUGAUGUCUCGGUUGAAUCUGCCACCGUCAUUGUGACCGAUACAACCACAGAGAUAACACAAAAGUAA